AUGAUUCCUCCAGCAACAAGCAUGGCUUUUUUCGCCUUUGUACUGCUACCUAGCUAUGGUGCGUACUAUGCUUCUGCAGAAGUUGUCAAGUUUGGAGCGUGCAUGAAUGAACCAACGGGGCAGUAUAGUACCUACUGCGAUGAUGCUGAGCUCUGGCAAGCUCCUUGGCAGUUGGACGAUGUUCAGGGCCGCAUCGUUUGUGGCUGCCAAGAUGCGCAUGUGGGCGCUUGCUUUCCGUCUCAUGGUCAUCUUUCGGUGUGCCGGGCGGAGGCCGCAGCCUGCCCCUCUGGGGAAGGGUUCAGUGACCUAGCCCGAUUCUACAAUGAUGGAAAAACUUGCAUGUGCCAUGGCCUGGGUGAACAUCCGUAUUCUGACAUCGUUCUCGAGUUCGAAGAAACGAAGUACGGAGCUUGUGUUAUAGAUGCCUCGACGACUCGCUGUGUUAUGCACUCUUAUAUGUGCGAAGCUGGCCAGUCCUGGCUACCUCCAGAUAUUUUGUCGACGCGGCGAUCUGAAGAAUGCUUCUGUCACGAAGUGCGCACGGGGGCAUGUUCGCACCCAUUGGGAUCGAUAUGCGCGGUCGAUGCUGACUCGUGUCAAGAGGAUUCAACGUUUCUAUCUCCUGCGGAAACUGUGGCGCAAGGUUUGGAUUGUCGACUGUGUGCACCGGCUGAUGUGCAGCUCACCCAAGCGGGUGGUGUAGAUCAAGACGCUCCGGCACCGACUCCGACACUUGGCAAUCCUCCUACGCCACCUUCAAAUCCAUACGAGGACUUCUCACCUCAUAGUGCUCCCCAAGACACGAUCACUGGAAGCACAAACGAAAAUUUGUCGUCAUCGUCGUCUUCAGGCAUGGGAAUUAGGAAACCCGCGUUUGUUGCAUUAACAGUGUUGGCGGUCUUAUCGGUCUUGGCCAACGUCGUUCUGUUCAGGAAAUUGCGCCGACGUAAUCAAGAUAAACGAGAAGCUACCGGGCCGGUGACAAAGGAGGAAGUGGAGAAAGACAGUGCAGCGUCGAACAUACCAAUGGUAACAGUUGAUGUGGAAAAGGCGAGAGCUUCUAUGGGUUUCAAUGACGCUUAA